AUGUCAUAUAAGAAGAAGGAAGAAUCUGGUACUUCCGACGGAUCCAUCAUGAAGAUGAAGGGCAAAAUGGAAGAGACAGACAUAACCACUGAAGUUAACACCAACCUGGUCGAUCGAAGCAAGUAUAAAAAGUUGGAAAUGCCCAUGUUUUUGGGAGAAAAUCCAGAAUCUUGGGUAUACCGUGCAGAGCAUUUAUUUGAGAUCAAUAACCUGCUGGAAGCUGAAAAAGUUAAGGUGGCUGUGGUGAGCUUUAGACAAGAUGAAGUGGACUGGUACAGAUGGAGUCACAACAGGAAAAAGGUAGAAUCGUGGGAGGACUUGAAGACCCCAAUGUUUGAGUUUUUUAGAGACACAGGACAGAAAAGCUUGGGGGCCAGACUUAUAUGCAUUCGGCAGGAAGGUUCCUACAACGAUUAUGUCAAGAAAUUUGUGAAUUACUCGGCACCUCUCCCUCACAUGGUAGAAAACGUACUACGUGAUACCUUCUUGACAGGCUUAGAACCGGCGCUGCAAGUUGAAGUGAUGAGUUGCCACCCUCAAACGUUAGAAGAAUGUAUGAUGGCAGCCCAGUUGGUUAACGAUCGUAAUUUAGCUCUCAAAUUGGCACAAGCAGAGAUGGGGAUUAUGGAGCCGAAAAGAAGUGAAGCCACUAAUAGUAAGGUUCCAUGGAACAACGAUAAAAGAAGUAUGAGGAAAAACGAGUUCCAAAUGAAACAAAUCAGGAUAUCCCUAAAAGGAAGUUAUCACAAAGGAGAACCUCCGGUUAAGAGACUCUCUGACGUCGAGUUUAGAGCACGCUUAGACAAGGGUCUUUGUUUUAGAUGUAAUGAGAAAUAUUCUCAUGAACAUCACUGCAAAAUAAAAGAGAAAAGGGAGCUCAUGCUCUUUAUCUUGAAUGAAGAAGAAAGCACCGAGGAAGGGGAAGGUUCAGACACGCAAAAGACAGAGCCCUUGGAGAUCAAUCAGUUGGAGGUGUUAGAAGAAGUUGUGAUAGAGUACCAGGCUAUUACCAGUCUGACGACCAAGGGAACUAUGAAACUAAGAGGAGUAGUCAAGGGGAAGGAGAUCAUCGUCUUAAUUAACAGUGGGGAAACCCACAAUUUCAUUCACUGGAAGGGUAUUUGCAGCCAAGUGGAAAUCCAGCUUGAAGGACUAAAGGUUGUGACUGACCUGUUGGUAGUAGAACUAGGGAAAGUGAAUGUUGUAUUAGGAAUGCAAUGGCUUGAUACCACGGGUACCAUGAAGAUACAUUGGCCAUCAUUGACAAUGGUUUUUUGGAAAGAAGGAAAUAAGGUAGUUCUAAAGGGAGACCCUGCCUUAAUACGAGCUGAAUGUUCACUAAAGACUUUAGAAAAGACAUGGAAAGACGAAGAUCAGGGUUUUCUGAUUGACUGCCAAGAUUAUGAGACCAAAAAUGAAUACAAGGAAAGUAAGACACCAGGUCAACAAGAGGAUGAGGAGGAAUUACCGAUGAUUCAGUUCUUACUUAAUCAGUAUUCUGAUGUGUUUGACAUCCCUAAAAUGUUGCCACCUAAGAGAGCUGUAGAUCAUCGCAUAUUCACCAUGCCAGGACAGAAGCCAAUCAAUGUGCGACCAUAUAAGUACGACCAUAAUCAGAAGGAAAAGAUAGAGAAACUAGUCACCGAAAUGCUGCAGACAGGAAUCAUUGGGCCGAGUCACAGCCCUUUCUCAAGUCUCGUAUUGCUAGUAAAGAAAAAAGAUGGGGGCUGGAGGUUUUGCGUGGACUACAGAAAGUUGAACAAAAUUACAAUAACUGAUAAAUUUUCUAUUCCGGUCAUUGAAAAACUCCUGGAUGAAUUACAUGGGGCAACGGUGUUCUCCAAGUUGGACUUAAAAUAA